AUGCAACUCGAACAGCAACCACAGUCGGACCAACACCGCCUCUCGAAGCGGCAGCAGUACGACAGCAUGAUCCACGCAGAAGCCGGCCCGUCGUCACACGCAGCAGCAGUGCACGACGCCGCAUCCAUACCCUCGCACCCUUCCUAUCCCUUCGUAUCGACCCUGUGCGAUAGGUACCCCGCUCAGUCAGCGCCGCUCUUUCAGACCUACCUCGACCUCAAGCACGCCGCGGCUUGGUCGGAACUGGAACCCGUCGAGCUCCUACCUCCAUCCCCACCUUCCCCUGCUGCCGUCCCCAGCAUCAAAGGCGACACCAACCGCUCCGAUCUCUCACCGAGCGAGCUGAUCGACGCCACACUAUCAUCGUACAGAUCCACCCUCGCCUCCCACUCGCUAUCGCCAUCCUCCGAAACGGGAGGUUGGGUAGCGAUUCGGGGACGAAAACACUCGUCCCCUCCUUCUUCCUCUGCUUCCGCCUCCGCCUCCGCCACCGCCAACAACGAUGGACCAGGUGCCACGACGACGACGACGACGGCGGGGGAUAGGCUCCAGACCAUCCUGCCGGUGCACGUGUCGCAGCAACUCUCGCCGCGCCUCUUUUCCAACAUCUUUGACAUCCUCGACCACCAGCAGGCCACGCGCGACCCAGCGCUACCCCGCCUCGAAACCCAGAGCCUCCUCCUUGCCCUCAUGGCCAGCGACUCGACCCUCGUCUACUACGUCCUCUCCAGGGGCCUCGUCAAACCCGUAAACUAG